CGCUUGAAUGCUAUAAUAUCGCCAUACGGGAUUCUGAAUAUAAACCUUGUUUCUAAUUGCUGAUGUACCGGUACGCGACUUGCAGGAAGAAAAGAUGUUUUCUGUAGUUCCAACGCGAGGAAAACACUCCUCGAAUGAAGGACACAGUAACAAAAAGUUCCAUACGCUGAGCGGAAGCUAUUGAAUUUGAUAAUUCGGCGGGUAAGAAAACCACGUUUCGUUUCGAGGCUUUUCUAUCGUUGUCACGACCUACGUUUCGUCCCGGAAAUUCGUAGUCCCCACACACGAAAAUAUCACGCCGGAAACUUAAAGCAUGAUAGAUGCACCAACCUGAGGCGAACCAGAAACCCAUCACAGACUAUAUCCCACCGGAAAUCGUCGAUGCGAUCAUUGACUGCCUCCAAAACGACAAAGCCUCCCUACUCGCCUGUUCGUUCGUCUGUCGGCUCUUCCGCCCUCGAACACGGGUGAAUCUAUUCCACACCCUAGAGCUCAAACUCGACGGGACGCGGGACAUUGAUCCUGAUGACCCCUCCUUCAAAGACAUCAUCGAGUACAUAAGAGAGAUAAAACUCCAAGGUGUGGGCGUCCCACUCCAGCUACCAUCCAUCUCUUCAAAUUCUUUAACAACGCUCCCGAACCUAUCCUCGCUCUCCCUUUCAUUCGUCGUUUUCCAGGACCCAUGGCACCUCCACGCCCUUAUCUCCCAUCUCCCCGGGUUGACGGGGCUUGAUUUGAAAAACGUGUUUUCGAGAAUCAAAGUAUAUCCGAGUCCGAGUCCAAACUACUUCCGACGAUCAAUUUGAAGAGGAUAUUGAUAUACGGGACGUCCUUCAACGAAUCUGUCGUCGAGGCACUCUUCCACAGGGCGGACCUACGAGCGACCUACGUCGACUCUCUCCGUGAGCUCCGUAUCGACUAUCCCCCAGCAGAGUAUCUGUC